AUGCAGCAGUGGCAGCUUCCCAAGGGCGGCGCGGGCGUGGCCACCAUGACGCUGCACAAGGACAUCUCCAUCCCCACCCCCAGCGGAUCGCAGAUGGUGGUGAAGAUGAAGGCGGUCUCACUGAACCACCGCGACCUCUACAUCGCCGAGACCAACUUCAUGCCGGGCACGCUGGACAACGUAAUCCCGCUCUCGGACGGCUCGGGCGAGGUGACCGCGGUGGGACCGGCGUGCACCCGCUUCCAGGUCGGUGACCGUGUUGCGCUCACCUUCAGCCUCAAAUAUUUGGAGGGCGAUCAGAUGGAGGGAGCUGGUCUUAACGAGUGUCGCGGCGGCACUUGCCAGGGCGUUGCGGUGGAGUACGUGCUGACCGAUGACAUGAAGGAGCCGGGUGUGUGA